AUGGCGAAUGAGAUAUUACACUUCGAGCUGAACACCGGCGCGACGAUUCCCUCAGUCGGGCUCGGUACGUGGCAGGCCGAUCCCGGGCUCGUUGGUCAAGCUGUUGAAACAGCUAUCAAGAUUGGAUACCGUCAUAUCGACUGUGCUCGAGUGUAUGGCAAUGAAAAGGAGAUUGGCUUAGUUCUGAAGAAGUUGUUUGAUGAUGGAGUUGUGAAGAGGGAGGAUCUGUUUAUUACCUCCAAACUUUGGUGUACAGAUCAUGCACCUGAAGAUGUACCUGUGGCAUUGGACAAAACACUAGAAGAUUUGCAACUUGAAUAUGUUGAUCUGUAUCUUAUCCAUUGGCCUGCACGGAUGAAAAAAGGUUCUGUUGGCUUUAAGCCUGAGAACCUUAUUCCCACUGAUAUUCCGAGCACAUGGAAGGCCAUGGAAGCACUCUAUGAUUCUGGCAAAGCAAAAGCUAUAGGUGUUAGCAAUUUCUCGGUGAAAAAACUGAGUAAUUUGUUGGAUGUUGCCCGCGUUCCUCCAGCUGUCAAUCAGGUCGAAUGUCAUCCUUCUUGGCAGCAGGCAAAACUCCACGAGUUUUGUAAAUCCAAGGGUGUUCACCUAUCUGGAUAUUCACCAUUGGGUUCGCCGGGCACAACAUGGCUCAAGAGUGAAGUCCUCGAGCAGCCCGUUUUAGUUGCUGCUGCUGGAAAACUGGGCAAGACUCCAGCACAGGUGGCUAUAAGGUGGGGCCUCCAAAUGGGCCACAGUGUACUCCCCAAAAGCAAAAACGCAUCGAGGAUCAAAGAGAAUUUCGAUGUUUUUAGUUGGUCCAUACCGGAUGAUUUGUUCGCCAAGUUCUCCGAAAUCGAACAGUCAAGGCUAGUUAAAGGUCAUUUUGCGGUCCACCCAACGCUAAGCCAGUACAAAACAAUUGAAGAGCUAUGGGAUGGGGAGAUUUGA